AGGAAACCCAGAGACAUGGAGACAAAGAACCACAGCACCAGCACUUCCGGCUUCAUCCUCCUGGGCCUCUCUUCCAACCCGCACCUGCAGAGACCCCUCUUUGCCGUCUUCCUCGCCAUGUACCUGGUCACCGUGGUGGGGAACGUGCUCAUCAUCCUGGCCAUCCACUCCGACUCCAGGCUCCACACCCCCAUGUACUUUUUCCUCAGCAACUUGUCCUUCAUGGACAUCUGCUUCACAACAGUCAUUGUGCCCAAGAUGCUCGUGAACUUGCUGUCUGAGACAAAGGCCAUCUCCUACGUAGGCUGCCUGGUCCAGAUGUACUUCUUCAUGGCUCUGGCAAACACGGACAGCUACCUGCUGGCCUCCAUGGCCGUCGACCGCCUGGUGGCCAUCUGCUACCCCUUGCACUAUGACGUGGCUAUGAACCCACGACGGUGCCUCUUCCUGCUGCUGGGGUCUUGCACCAUCUCCCACCUGCACGCGCUCUUCCGCGUGCUGCUCAUGUCCCGCCUGUCUUUCUGUGCCUCCCAUGUCAUCAAGCACUUUUUCUGUGACACCCAGCCUGUGCUGAAGCUGUCCUGCUCCGACACAUCCUCCAGCCAGAUCGUGGUCAUGACCGAGACCCUGGCUGUCAUUGUGACCCCCUUCCUGGGCAUCCUCUUCUCCUACCUGCGAAUCAUCAUCGCUGUGCUCAGAAUCCCCUCUGCAGCGGGGAAGUGGAAGGCCUUCUCCACCUGUGGCUCCCACCUCACCGUAGUGGCCCUGUUCUAUGGCAGUGUCAUCUACGUCUACUUCAGGCCCCUGUCCAUGUACUCAGUGGUGAAGGACCGGGUGGCCACGGUUAUGUACACAGUAGUGACGCCCAUGCUCAACCCUUUCAUCUACAGCCUGAGGAACAAAGACAUGAAGAGAGGCUUGAGGAAAUUAAGGGAGAGAAUUUACUCAUAGAAAGAACCACAACUGGGCCACAAUAUCUAAGGGGUUAUCAGGUUAUCUUUCCUUCUUACCCAUUCUCCACAGAACACUCAAAAGUGUCAUGAGAAGUGGUUUUGCAUUCUUGUGAGAGCUCUGGCCUGGGAAAAACACUUGGUGUCUAUUAACGGCUUUCACCAAAUACAUAUUCAAUCCCUGACCAAUUAUUACUGCGAACCCAAAUUUCAGGAAAAUUGUUUUAAUCAUCCCCAGUAGAUUGGCAACAUUUUACUGGGAUAACGCUGUCUCCAGUGAACUCUUCUAUAAACCUAACUGUGGUUAGUACUCAGUGAGUUAAAAUUUCUUAUUAAUUUUCAGUAGAAA